CAUGACAAUGAAAUGAGUUUUAAAGCCGCUGCUGGCAUGUGAAAUCUCAGUUUCUGAAGGGUAAAAGUACUUGUACAAUUGGUUUGCGGGAUCAGAAAAACUGAGGUGUCAGGCACUGUUAUUUGCAGUCAGAGAACUGGAAUAAUACAAUUUAGACACGUUGGAGAUAUAUGUAUGACCGCAGGUUUGAAUUUGGUUCUCCUGUAUCAGAUAUGCGAAGAAGAACAGUUUAAGAACAAAAAAGGAUUUGAGAAAUAUGACAUUAAGGGAACAAAUUACAUACAAGCCGAAAGUGGUCUAUAUCAAUGGAAACCGUUGAACCGAAAAAAAGCCCACGACCCAAGGAAGCAGACGAUGGUGAGAAAAAUCUCCCCCAAUCGUCUGCUCGAAGAGAGAGUGUGUUCGAUCCGAGAAAGAAAUCACAUUCCGUGAAGAAAUUCGAGAGACUGGUGGAAUACGUACGAGAACAUGUGAUAGGACAGGACGCCGUGUUCGGAGGACCCUUUGGCCCAAGGCCAGUGAUUUCCUGUGAAUUUACCUCAUCUGGAAGACCCCUGCAGUUUAUAGAGGAUUAUAUGAGAUGUCACGUGUAUCCGACUUAUGGGCAUGCGCAAGCUACAACGUGCAUAACGUCACUUCAGUUGGCGGCAUUUAGAGAGAGCGCAAGGGACACAACCAAGAAGUGUUUUAAUUGUUCGGAAGAUGACGUGGUUUAUUUCGUCGGUGGAGGCGCCACUGGAGCCCUGCACAAGCUGACCCACAUUCUGAAGCUCAAACCCAAACUUCAAACUGACAACAACAUGGUCGUGCUACUUAGUCCUUUUGAGCACAGUAUGAACAUACAAACAUGGCAGGAGAGCGGGAUGAAGGUAGAGAGAGUUCGCCAAAACGAGGACGGUUGCCUGGAUACCGAUCAUCUCAUAGAAAUGCUUAAGACGUAUAAAAAGAAAAAAUAUCACACUGUAGCCUCGUUUACUGCAGUAAGUCACGUGACCGGAGUUGCGGUAGAUGUUGCGAAAAUUUCACGAAUACUACACGAACACGGAGCAUUGUCUGUGUGGGACUGUACAGCGGCAAUACCCAACAAAGGGAUUGAUAUGAAUGCCAUAGACAGUGGGUAAGUAAGGAAUAUUUUAUAUGCUGACGUGAGUAAAAUC